CGGGGACAGCAUUUUCAAGGCUGGGACAUGAAGGUCGCUGUGUUGGACUUUGGGUCUCUCUUUGCCAAAAUCUUCAAGACCUCGACGGCGCCCCCGGGGCUGCCCUCGCAGGUCGCCCCCUCCGGCCACUGGGAAGGCGCUGCCACCGCCGGGUCGGCGGUCCCCACCCUGACCCUCCUCCCCGCCCUGGCGCCCGACUCGCCGUCCACCUCACGGGGGGCGCCCGCCUCGCUCCAUCCUCGGCUCACCGCCUCCUACCCCAGGGUCUCGGUCGCGAGCCGCGGGACAGAAGCAGUAGGGACCCCCUUCUCGCUGCCUAGUAGCCCCAGAGCAACCCAAGUCCAGGCCCUGGCCGUGGCCGCCUCCGGCGGGGGCGGCAGCGCAGCAGGCUCCCCGGCUCACCUGGCGGCGGUGCCGAGGCCGCCGCCCUGCCCGCCUGGCGGGGUGUGGGCCGCGCUGCCGUCGAUCGGGGGCGCCACUGGCAGCAGCAGUGCAGCCUCGAGCCCCCGGACCUCCCGCCAGCCUGGCCCGGACGACCGAGGUCCCAGCGCUUGGAUGCCCCCCGGGCCUGGCCCCAAGACCCUGUUCUUCACCCUGCCGGACAUUGGCGAGGAGUGGGCGUCGGACAGCGACUCGGAGGAGGGCGGAGACGCAAGAGGACUGUCCAAAGGGUCUGGAAAACACAAUUUUGCUGUGAAAAACAGAGAUCCUUUACCUACACAUUUUACAAGAAAUGUGCAGAAGGCCGUUGAUAAAUAUACCUGUGAGUCCGCAUCCUCAUUUUCAUCCAACGGAAGCCCUGUGCCCACAGAGGCCCCCAGCUCCUGGUCUGCGUCCGGGACACAGAGUUCGACCACUGGCUUGUCUACCGAAAGGAGCUCCGUUUACUCUUGGAGAGAUGACGAGUUUGACAAAACCAGCGCACAGAAAGUACAGAAGUUGUUCUGGGAGGUCGAGGAAAUGUUAUUUGAAGGGAACGAGAGCCCUCAGACCCAGAACCUCGUGGCCGAAUGCGCUGAGUGGGCACGACGGUCUGUCCACCUGAGAGUAUUAGGAAGACAGAUCGUCCUGCCAACUGAUGAAGGGGUCCGCCACUUCCAGGGCAGCGAGCCUCAUUCCACGGUCCACGAGUCCUUCUCAGGCACCCGUGAAUGGAACAGCAACAUCAGGCAGUUGUGCAUCUCGGGCUCUCAAAUACUCCCAGCAGCACUUGCAGCCCCGGCCAUGCCCGGUCCCGACUACACGGGAGUGGCCGACCUAAUGGCGUGUUCUUCCCUGCAAGAAGAGGUCUAUGAUGUGGAAGGAAAGAUUGAAGAAUAUUUCGCUUUUGACAGAAAAGAGGAUGAUGAUGAACGCAUUGGAUCAAAAUCAGCUCACCGUUACAGGACGUGGCGUAAACACGGACUUCCUCCCGUGUCUCCUCAUGAGUGCAUCAAAGAUGCCGUGGCUGCAGAAGUGUUCGAUCACAUGUGGACAAACGUGGUAGAAAUAUUGGAGAAGCUGAUUAGAAAAAACUGGGAAACUGCAUUCACAGGAAGAAAAAAACAGAAAGAAAACUUGAGAGGAGCUGAGACUAAAUCUCCACAGGUACUCGUUUCCCGCCUUACCACCACCAUGUCGAGUGUUCCUCCAUCCAGAAGUUCAGAAACUCGAAGCCUCUCCCUGCCUUCUCAUCUUAAUCCGCCUCAGAGUCAUCGCUUCUCCAACAAUUUUUAUAAUGAUCUGAACGGUGUGAUGACAAUUCAAGCAAAACCGCUUCAGCAGAGACCUACCCAUUUGGCUGAUAGGACACAGAAUGACCAAGAAGACAAACCCGUGGGUGUAGGCACCAGUGCGCUUUCCUCGGCACGCCGUCGUAUGGGACGGAUCUCAGACACUCGGGAGCUACAGACUCCUUCCAAGAAAACACCGGCCCACAGGAGGCUGCCUUCACUGGCCUCAGGCUCACAGAAGAUGAAAACCCCCAUUGUGGAUGGCGAUGAGCUGCUUAAGGGAACAAAACUGCAAACGGGCAUAGACCACAUGUCCUCCUCACCAAUCCCACCCUCGCGGAGCAGGUUACCCCCCAUAGGCGCUGAGGCAGCCGAGCAGAACGUGGCACUCCCCGGACCUCGCCCUGCCUCUUACAGAGGAAGGCAUGCACAAUGUGUGUUAAGUGCAAUACCUGAUAACAUGGCACGGUCACCUCGUCAGGAAAGAUCGCUGGUCACCGAACAGUUUUCAAGGCCCAGCACAACCCAUACGUUUCGGUCAGACAUGCCUCAAAAAGGUUCAUUGACACUGGUGGAAUUUGCUGGUCACACCUGGGCAGGUCAAGGUUUCCUUACAGGGUCACAGUAUCCACCCAAAUCUUUUCAGAGGACAACUUGGACUUUCAGAAAGAGAUUCCAGCUGGCAUCUUGAUGUUACUUUACCAGAACUACAGCACUUUGUUGGAGCAUUCAGAGCCAUAGCGUACCAUUUACCACUUGAAAAAUGGAAGAACAAAUAUUGUAUUGUGUACCUGUUGGUCUGAUGGCCUGAGAUAUUAAACUCUCUGAAAGAAAUUCAGACAAA